CACGGCUAACUGUCUCCCUGCUAAGACAAAGUUGGCGGUGACACCUGUUGUCAGCUGGCCCAGACUUUUCGAAAACCCGGGUUCACCGCUUUAAGCUCUCUUUCGAAUCCCACCCAUACCACACUAUCUACAGAGUGUGCACAUUCAACGGAAAUGUUGUACUCUACAGCUGUUCUGGAGAAAGCUUAUCUAUCGUGGAAACCCGUGAUUAAGAGCGAAAACAAUUAUCAACUACGGAAACCAAAAAAAAUCCGAGAGCUUGUUAGGCGCUACGCUAGCAGGUAUCAGCCCCCAGAAAUAGUCAAUAUCUUACGCUCUUUGCUGGAACGGAGGAUAUUCACGAACGAAUUUAUUGCGCAUAAAGCUUUUCCCGACCUUGUUCCUCUUCCUCUCACGAAUAACCAAAGUACAGCUGCGCACAGUGUUACCUCUGCUAGUAAGCUUAUGCUGCACUCGGACCGAAAGAGCGGACCGAUGAAAGAGCUAAUUCACUCGAUGCAAGAGCUUCAUACAAGUGGGAGAUACUCGGACUUUAGUAUUCGCUCUGGUGAUAAACUCUACCGAGUCCAUAAGGCCAUCGUGUGCCCUCGGUCGAGUUUCUUCGCUACAGCUUGUGAUGGCCCGUUCAAGGAGGGACGAGAAGGCGAGGUCGAUCUCCCUGAAGAUGAUCCACAAGCUGUCGCCAUGAUGAUGCACUACUUUUAUUACCUAGACUAUGACAUUCCUCGUGCUUUACCUGGAAAUCAAGAUACAGCAAAGGCAGCCUGCUGGGAAGAACUUGCUGAAAGUACUAUUAAUGAUGAGCUAACCCGGGAAGACAACCCUCAGGAAGCCAUUUCAGGCGAGCUCUCUCAGAAGGAGCGUACCGAUCAAAAUUCGGAGCUUGUUCUUCAUGCCACAAUGUAAGUCUGCCCCCCGUCUCGCGACCAGGGUACUUCGCGACCACCCCAAACCCCACCAAAAUCGCUAAAAUCGCUACCUUGUCACUCGGCUAUAACUCAGCUGUGACGACCCGACCAACAGGUCGCAAGAUCGGGCCAGGGACAAGGGCAGGU